AUGCGCUUCUCAGUUCCCAUCUUCGCCGCUCUGGCUACGGCCGCUUCUGCCCAGGUCAUUCGAGCCACGACCUAUUUGGAUGCUAAGUGCGGCCAAAUGAACGCCAACACCUAUGUUUCCCCCACUUCACAAUGUGCCACCUUAACCGUUGGCACCAUGGCGGCUGUCAAAAUGUCUACCUCUGACGAAGGAGUAACGCUGGAGGGUUACUCGACUACCGGAUGCUCGGGAUCACCCGCCAUCACUAUUACCGAGAAGGACACCUGCAUCGACCUUGCCAGUCUGGGUAUCCUGAGUUGGAAGGGUAUUUUCUAA